AUGGACCUCACACAUGCGGAGAACGCUCCGCCCGACGUAUCGCAAAAAACCUUCUACAUCGCCGGCAUCGUGACCACCGUCUAUGGCCUCGAUGAGCUGCCUCCGUCCACCUCCGAAGUGGCAUGCCUAUGGCUGCUGCAUCCCCGCUUACAAAACCAGCAAACCAUGAAACCCGCUGGCGCGCAAUCGAUCCAUCGAUGGAAUUCGCUGAUAAAAGAAGGCAAAGCGGGGAAGAACCCGAAAGGAUUGAUCGCUGUAUCCUUUGACCAACGGAAUCACGGCACUCGGCUUGUGGACAAGCAGCACAAUGAGGCAUGGAGAUCCGGGAACCCGAGACAUGCCCAAGACAUGUACACAUGCUAUCAGGGUACCGCACAGGAUGCAGCACAUCUCCUCACCCACCUCACCUCCUACAUCUUCGUCCGCCCCUCCGACCCGAAGAUCACCGACAACUUCGUCCUCGGCGUCUCCCUCGGCGCCCACGCCGCAUGGCACUCCAUCAUCCACGACCCGCGCGUCACCGCCGCCGUUAUCAUCAUCGGCUGCCCGGAUUACACCCGCCUCAUGAUCCACCGCGCCGAGAAAUCAAAGCUGGCCUCCUGGACGAGCACGUCGCCGCCGGGCACCGCCUUCCUCGGAUCCGCCGACUUUCCACAGGCGUUGAUCGACGAUAUCCGCGCGCGCGAUCCGAUGGGCUACUUCUUCUCCUCGAUCGACCGACCCGACGUCGCAUCUCGAACCAGCAUCCCCUCAAACCAGGUCGCCGCGAUCGCGCAACUCCUCGACCGCCACCUGCACGGCAAGCGCAUUCAGAUCCUGUCCGGUGGAUCGGACAAGCUGGUCCCGUACGAAUGCGCAAAGCCGUUCCUCGAUUAUUUCAAGGGAGCGGUCGGGCCGAAGGGGUGGGCGAGGCACACGGGGGUGUAUGUGGAGGAUCUAGUGUUCAAGGGCGUCGGGCAUGAGUUUACGGCGGGAAUGGCGGAGGAGGCAGCGCGGUUUGUGAUGGAGUCGAUGAUGGCGGCGGAGGAGCGGGGGGAGGGGAAGGUUCGGGACGUGAAGAUUUAG